ACUGUUAGGCGGCACUGGUUGGCAUUGAUAAGUGGCACUGAAAGGCAGCUCAGAUGGGCACUGUUAUGUGGCAUUGAUGUGCACUGGUAUGCACUGAUAUGUGGUACUGAUAUAUGUGGCACUGAUGGGCACUGGCACGUGGCACUGAUGAGCACUGACUGAUGGACACUGACAGGUGGCACUUCUGGGGCCACACUGAUCAUCAGGGCACACUGAUCAUCCAUGCCCUGAUGAUCAGUGUACAUGUCCCCUCCACGGGUGCUGAGUAAUUUUUUAGCAAAUGAUCUUUACAUGUAGGAGAGCGAUGCCAGAACUGGCCUGGGUGG